UUUUGCCAAGAAUCAUUGGCGAAUCACUAUAUCAACUGCUGCUAAUGAAUCAGAGUAUAUCAUCGUCAUCAUCAGCAAAAUUCAUGCUUCAUGAUGAUGAUGAUGAUGAUAUUCAAUCGAAACCGGUUACUGUUACAAUAUGCAGAGUGUGUGUGUGUGUGUGUGUGAAUUUAGAAUUUAUUAAAUUUUCAAAUUAAAUUGACCAUAUCUACUCACAUUAUUAAUGACAACAAUCAUCAGUCAGUCGAUAAAAUGCCAAUUUUCCUUGAACCACUGAAAGUCGCGUUGAUAAUCACCGAAUAAAAUUGAAAUUUGGACAUCUACAAUAUCCAAUAUCCAAUUUUCCUAAACCAACAUCGUAUCGAUUACAUGAUUAUAAUUUGAAUAAAUAAAUAUAUGCUUGACUAUUAUUGAUUACCAAUUUAUCAUUUUUUCAGUUUGAUAUUUAUUACCACCACCAAUCAAGAAGCAAACAAUCGCUCAAGGAACAAACUAGUAAUAAUCAUCAGAGCAAAAACAAACGACUCGACCAUUUCAUCUCGUCAUUUUCAAAUUGGAUUCACUCGAUGCUAGAGAUGGCUUUCAACGUUUUGAUCGCUAUCACCAUAUCGGUGGUAACCAUUUAUUUCUACGUUAACCGCAAGAAAUUGUCCCAAUCCAUAAUACAGUUCCAACGCGUCUGCAACAAAUACAACUAUGACAAACAAUCCAUCGAACACAAGACCCCGAACGGAGAAGUGGUUCGCUAUUCGAAAUACGUGCCGAAAGACGCCAACGAUCCACUCAACGACCAACCACCCAACGACCCACUCAAGCUAAAUUACAUCACUCACUACUACGACCAGUGUCGUACCAUGAACGACGUUCUCACCACCGGAGCCAAACUCAGUAUUGACGGCAACUGCGUUGGAUCCAUCAACAAGGCCAGAAAUGGCGUCGACUGGCUCACAUUCGAACAGGUACUGGUUCGCAACAAACACUUUGGCGACGGCUUGCUUCAGCUGGGUCUCAAGCCGAAACUGACGUUUGGUAUAUAUUCGAUGAACACGCCAGAAUACACGAUUGCCGAAUAUGCAUGCUACCGCCACUCGAUCGUCGUCAUACCGAUCUACGAAACGUUGGGCUCCAACAUUUGUGCUUUCAUCGCCAAACAGGCCGAACUGAGCACCAUUUUUUGUGAUACUCUUGAUCGUGUGGUCAACGUUCUUAACAACGCGAGCGACUUUCAAUUUCUCAAACAUAUCAUCGUCUCGCAUCAUGAUGACGAGUCCAUUUCCGCCUGGUCCGAUAAUCAACAGCAUCUGGAGACUCUGAAAUCAAAGGCCCAAUCGCUUGGUCUCACACUUCACUCGAUGAAACAGGUGGAACAAUUGGGCCAGCAAAACGCCCAACAGGACCAUCCGCCAGGACCGGACGAUUUGGCCGUCAUCUGCUACACGAGUGGCACGACCGACGCUCCAAAAGGCGUCAUGUUGUCGCACGAAAACAUUGUGGCCAACUUUUCGACCAUCAUGUUUCAUCUGGACGAAUAUCAUAUCGCCAACACUGACGUGUUGAUAUCGUAUUUACCACUGGGUCACAUGUUUGAAAGAGUUUGCGAGGCUGGUACAUUGGCUGCUGGUGGAAAAAUUGGCUACUUUAGCGGUGACAUCAAGCGUCUGUCGGACGAUAUGAAAAUCAUCAAGCCAACAUUCUUCCCUUGCGUUCCUCGAGUGCUCAAUAAAAUCUACAGCAAAAUUCACGAAAACGUCAGCUCGAGUGCCAUCAAGUCGUGGCUACUGAAAACGGCUUUCGAGUCUAAACUGCGUCAAUAUGAAAACGGAAUCUUUGAUAACAACACUUUUUGGGACCUGUUGAUUUUCAACAAAAUUCGCGCUCUCUUUGGCGGCCACGUUCGCCUCAUUCCGGUCGGAUCGGCUCCAAUCAACGGAAAAGUGCUCAACUUUUUGCGUUGUGCACUCGGCUGCCAUAUCCUGGAAGGAUAUGGCCAAACCGAAUGCGUGUCUGCUGCUACAGUGACCUCCAUCGGUCAUUACGAAACUGAUCACGUGGGCGUACCGUUGAACGCUGCCUGCAUCAAAUUGGUGGAUGUUCCCGACAUGGAUUAUCUGGUAUCCCAAGGAAAGGGUGAAGUGCUCAUCAAAGGAUCGAUCGUUUGCAAAGGCUACUACAAGGAUCCGAAAAAGACACAGGCCACCAUCGACCAAGAUGGCUGGCUCUACACUGGCGACAUUGGCAAAUUCAACGAGAACGGAACAAUCAAAAUAAUCGACAGGAAAAAGGACAUUUUCAAGCUGGCACAGGGUGAAUACAUUGCGCCCAGCAAGAUUGAGGAUAUUCACAUGCAGUCGCCGUACAUUAUGCAGAUAUUCGUCUAUGGUGAUAGCUACAAGUCCUGUUUGAUUGCAGUUGUCGUGCCCAAUCUGGCUCUCAUCCAGGAAGUGUUUAAAACACGGGGCAAAAUUCUCGACUUGAACAACAACGAUGAAUUACGAGCAAACAAGGAAAUCAAACAAUUCAUCAUGGAAGAGAUGCAAAAGUGGAACGGAAUCGCCAAACUGAAAUCGUUCGAAAAGGUUCGCGAUGUCUACAUCUACCCCGAAGGAUUCACCAUCGAAGAAGGAUUACUUACGCCGACGUUGAAAAACAGAAGAUUCGCCUUGAAAAAUCACUUUAAACAACAGAUUGUAGAUCUCUACAGCAAACUGGAAUAACGCGACUUGUCUCGAUUGAAAUUGUCGUCCAUGCUUAAUAAUUAAUAAUUUAUAAUUUAAUGAUGAUUAUUAAUAAGAUUAUUAUUAUUAUAUUAA